AUGAAACUCCAAAUGUCGAGUGUGAGAAUCAAGAUCAAGGCUGUAGGAGGAGCAUGGACGAGCAAGGGCAAUUCAUCGCGUAUAAAAUCGCGAGCUCUUUUUCCAGGGGUAAAAGGACGUGACCAAAUUUUAGGUUUUAGGGUUCUUCGUCCAGCUGCUGCUACUGCCCCUGCUCGCCGGGAGGAGAUGGGACUUUUGGUCCCAUUGUCACAGAUUUCUCCAGUGCUGGUUGGAAUUAUCGUCGUGGUGUUCUCCAGCGCGCUAUGGCUCCUCAGCUACAUUGUGGAGUGGACGCAAAAGCUCGAUCAAGGAAGCGGGACUACAACACCAAGUUUCUUGGAGAAUCCCUCGUCCCUUGAGAAGGUGCGAUGUCCUUCGGUGUUUGGACCUCCCGAGAAAUAUUUGUCUCUCGUGAUUCCGGCCUUUGAUGAAGAGGCAAGGCUUCCUCUCACUCUCGACGAAACCUUGAGAUAUCUGGAAGGCCGCGCUGCUGUAAAUAAGGCAUUCACUUACGAAAUUAUUAUAGUCGACGAUGGAAGUCGAGACAACACUGUAAAAGUAGCAUUCGAUUACAUCAAGAAGUAUAAGAUGGACAACGUGAGGCUCAUCAAGCAAGGCGUCAAUUGCGGCAAAGGAGCCGCCGUCACCAAGGGAGCUCUCUGCUCUAGAGGAGAGCUCAUUCUGAUGCUGGAUGCGGACGGGGCAACUAAAAUCACAAACUUAGAAAAGCUGGAAAAUGCUAUUCUGACGUACGGGGAGAAGAUACAGAAACAGAAAUCUCUACGUGAUCCUUCCGUGGAAAACAUCUUUGACGUCCCCUUGGUUGCCUGCGGGUCACGCGCACAUCUAGAACAACAAGCUCUAGCGACGCGCAAAUGGUACAGGAACUUCCUCAUGAAAGGCUUCCAUCUGUGCGUCCUCCUUGCUGCCGGCUCUGGAAUCCGAGACACUCAGUGUGGAUUCAAGAUGUUCACGAGGUCCGCGGCACAGCAACUUUUCAUCAAUCUCAGGCUCACGCGGUGGUGCUUCGACGUGGAGCUCUUGUACCUAUGCAAGAGAUUGGGGAUCCCAGCGCUAGAGAUUGCCGUGAACUGGACAGAGAUCCCGGGCUCCAAGCUGAGAAUGACCAGCAUCCUCCAUAUGCUCUUCGAGCUGCUGCUCAUUCGUAUCGGCUACGGCUUUAACGUGUGGAAAAUCCACCAAAAUCUUGUACAGACCAGCUGAGAAAUUUUCUAACGAAAUAGAAGCUUUAACUGAAAUGAUAUAAGCAAUAAUAAUGUUUGACUUGAUUAAAAAAAAUAUCAAAAUAUUUCCAAAACAAAA